AUGUCAUCCUCAAACCACGUGACUCCUGAUAUUGAUGAAUUCAUUAUACCAGAUGACCUGGAAACCCCAAAUGCUCCAAGAAACAAUCAAGGUGGCGCAUCACCAUUUUCACCGUUCAAUUUUCUUCCUAAAGUUGAUUUGUCAUCAACAUUUGGAAAUUCAAGUGGCCAAUUACCUGUGAAUGUGAAAAUAAAGGAACGUCAGUAUUCUGGUGGUGAUACAUUAGAUGAGCCAGUGUGGGUAACUUUGAAAAGAGAUUUAUUGCAAAUUGGUAAAAGAUUGGCUAUAGUUAUAUGGCCCAUGCAAUUAGCACAAUUGGCCAAGAAACAGCAAUCCCGGUUCGUUAGUUUUGCCAAUUCCAACGGAAUACACAUUCCCGAGCGUUUAGGAAAUAUACUUCCUGGUGGUGGAGUAGAUGACAAUACUGAACAAACCACUGGGAUAUCUAGUAAUGAUUUGAUAAGUCAAGAUAAUUUAGAUUGGGAUUUAUGGGGACCACUUAUUUUUUCACUUGUUUUUGCUAUUGUUUUGGCAUUUACCAAUGAAUCCCAAUCAACCGAAGUGUUUAGUGGGUCGUUUGCAUUUAUUUGGAUAUUUUAUUUCGUUAUAGGAUUGAAUGUGCAAUUAUUGGGUGGCACAAUUUCGUUUUUAUCAGCAAUCAGUGCAAUAGGUUAUUCGAUGUUUCCUAUAGUUAUUGGCGAAGUUAUAUGUACUUUGUUAAUUCAUUGGAGAUGGAUACGACUUCUAAUAAUGUUGGUAUUGAAUGCUUGGAGUAUCUACGCAGGUGUUAUGAGCGUUAAAUGUUCCGGUGUGUUCCCAGGCAGAGUGGCUUUGGCUAUGUAUCCUGUGGGGCUCUUUUAUUCCGUACUUAGUUGGCUAGUCAUUAUUACUUAA